GCUACAGGAAUGACCCUAAGGAUGCUCUGGGCUGGACAGGCGAAGGGGGUCCUGGGAAGCUGGGGGAUCAUCUGCUUGGUGAUCUCUCUGCUCCUCCAGCAGCCAGGAGUCCACAGCAAGUGCUACUUUCAAGCUCAAGCCCCCUGCCACUAUGAAGGGAAAUAUUUUACCCUGGGUGAGUCUUGGCUCCGCAAGGACUGUUUCCAUUGUACCUGUCUGCAUCCCGUUGGUGUGGGCUGCUGUGACACGUCUCAGCAUCCCAUCGACUUCCCUGCAGGCUGUGAGGUACGUCAGGAGGCAGGAACCUGCCAGUUCUCCCUGGUGCAAAAAUCUGACCCUCGGCUACCCUGCAAAGGGGGAGGGCCCGACCCAGAAUGGGGCUCAGCUAACACCCCUGCUCCUGGGGCUCCUGCUCCCCACUCCAGCUAA